CUUAAUCUGAGAAUCCAUUCUGAUUCAAUAUACAACAAACAUGAAAAAAAAAAAUCAAAAUUCACAUUUGCUAGGAUAUCUUCAAUCUGCUGAUUAUGAAUUAAGACAAAACAAACUAACAAUCCUUGUUUCUAAUCGCUGUCUGAAGCGAAACUAAGUUCCGUAAUCUAACAAACAGAGCAGAGUUCACUAAUUACAGAUUCGAGAGAAAUGAAAAAAAGAAGACGACAAAUCUCGUAAAGAUUGCAAUAAUCAAAUAGAAGAUGAGAAUCAGAAGGUUGAGAUACCUAAAGACGACGGCUCAGGGAGAGGCGGCGGAGAGAGAACUUAGCGGCGAUGCAAAAACCCUAAUUUCUAGAGAAGCGAGAAAGUGUGUUCUUAUCGUGAGGUUUUAUAGGGGUGUGGAUUGAUCCGAUAUGGCCCAUACAAAGCCCACUUAAAUUUGUAUGGGCUGGGCUUUAUAGUUAUUCGGGUUACACAACGUCUCGCUUGGCUCAGUGAUUCUAGCCGGUUCUUUUAAUUCAACGCGUGUUUUUAAUUUAAUAAAGGAAAAUACGAGUGUAAAUAAAGCAGAUGGCGACGAAAAAGGCGAAAAAAAAACGGUUAUUGAUUCUACAAUUUCUCACCACGCUUGAAGUGGUUGAUGAUGAUUUCGUGGAUAUCGGAGGGCUUUCUGGAGUGAUUGUAAUCACGAUAUCAUCUAUCUCCAUGAUGGAAACUACCCCCCAUCGUGAUGUAGUGGUUUACUGGAAGUUUUUGGAAGAAGUUUGUUAUAAAUAUCUCGAUUUCAUUGAGGAUUUUUCAAACUUUUCCAACUUUCUCUCUAAUCUCUACCAUAUUUGGAGAAUUAAAAUUCAAACUUUCCUUAUGGCGGAUUCGAUUCGAAGAGCGAUGCAAGAUAUUGAUCUGGGGUUUCACGAUGCUCCGAUCUCCUUACCGGUUGAGGUGGUGCGACAGGCGGCUGAAGAGAAUCGUUUUAUCCUUAUAGGAAGGCCGGUGAUGCCCAGAAAGCAAAACUUACGCGCUCUUAUUGCAACUAUGCCGCGUAAUUGGGGACUUGAAGGUUUGGUUCGUGGUCGAAUCAUCGAAGGGCGUCGAUUCCAGUUCGUGUUUCCUUCAGAGGAGGCUAUGGAUACUGUGGUACGUCGGGGUCCUUGGGCCUUUGCGGAUCGAAUGUUGGUGUUGCAGCGUUGGACACCAUUAAUGGAUAUGGCGAUGUUGAAUUUCAUUCCUUUUUGGGUUCAAAUACGCGGAAUUCCUUUCCAAUUCAUGAAUCGUGAUGUCAUCCUUCAUAUUGCUCGUGAGGUGGGACAGUACAUCCAGAUGGACUACAAUGAAGAAGCAGGGAGUCGAUUGGAAUUUGUUCGUGUGCGACUCAACUGGAACAUAGGGCAGCCCCUGCGCUUUCAACGUCACUUUCAGUUCACUCCUGGAGUGAAUACUCUACUGCGAUUCCAUUUUGAAAGGUUACGAGGUUUCUGUGAGAGUUGUGGAAUGCUUACUCAUGACUCAGGUGCUUGCCUCAUUCACAACGGUGGCCAAGGGAAUGAUGGAGAUGAUGAUAGCGAGGAUGAUGCUCCGGAAAAUGAUGCUCCGGGGGAGCAAGGUAUCCCCAACCAGGGGGUUAUUAUUGAAGAAGUUCAAGAUGGUGAAGCAGAUCAGGAGGAUCCAGUGCAACCAGAGAUUGAGGGAAAUAUUGCGGGUAUGGAAGAAGAUGCUGAUGAAGAGGAUGAAUGGAAUGGACCGGGUAUGCAAACAAUGUACUCGAAUGAGUUCCUUACUGAUGAGAUGUAUAACCCGAUCAAUCCUUUUGGUGGUUCUUCUGUGAGAGAAGUGGGUAUUAAAAGGAAAGCGUGGCUUACUGAGGCUAAGGGUAACAGUGGCAAGUUCCUGAAUGCUGAGAGGGGACAAAGUAGUAGGAAUGGGGAAACGAAGAGAGCAAGAUCAGAGUCAAGAGUGCUGAGUGAUCCGACUGAGGAAGAUGGAGCAAAAGAUGGGGAAAAUGCAGAGGUGAGAGGCGCGGUGGGCCCAGAACCACCUCUUCCACCAUGAGAGUAACGGCUUGGAACUGUCGAGGUCUAGGCAUUGACUCGACAGUUCGACGCCUAAAGGAGGUAAAUCGUAAAUACCUCCUGGACAUCAUUUGCCUAUCGGAGACAAAGCAGCAAGAUGAUUAUGUCAGGGAUGUGGGAGCUCAGCUUGGGUGUCUUAGUUCUGUAAUAGUUUCGCCAGUUGGUAUUGGAGGAGGUCUUGUAAUCUAUUUUAAGCAGCAUGUUCAGCUUUCAGUA